AUGGCUUCCGCCGUACAUUUCCCUGGGGAUAAUGGAGAGGAUAAUAACGAGCAAAGUGGUGAUAUUCGGGAGGUCAACAGCAAUGUCUCAAAGCCGACAAAACGACAACGAUGGGCGACGACACGAGCUCCUGGAGCAGGAGGAAUAAAGAAGCGUGUUUCGAUUAUUGACCGUUUCCAUAAACGAUCGGAUUUGAGAGACGAAAAGCGAAAAUCAAACAACACGAGCGCCUCCACCAAUGACGGGCAAGACCCUUCGCAAGCAGGACCAAAUCGAAGGAUAUAUUUCAGUAUCCCAAUUCCAGAGUCCGAACGAGACGAGGAUGGGCAUUUGCGAGCCGCGUAUCCCCGAAACAAGAUUCGCACUUCCAAGUAUACACCACUUACUUUCGUUCCCUACAACGUCUGGCUGCAAUUCCACAACAUCGCGAACAUAUAUUUCUUGUUCGUCAUCAUUCUUAACUUCUUUCCAAUUUUCGGUGCCAACAACCCCGGCUUGAACGCCGUUCCCCUAAUCGUGAUUAUCGUUGUGACCGCAAUCAAAGACGCCAUUGAGGAUUGGGGCCGGACGGUAUCUGAUAAUCAAGUGAACAAUUCCCCGGUUUACCGACUGGUCGACUGGAACAAUGUGAAUUCGACAGAAGACAAUAUCAGCUUAUGGCGUCGCGUCAAGAAGGCUUGUACCAGGGGUACGAUCUCCACGUACAAGUGGGCAUCUUCCCUAUUCCAGAGGAAGGAGAAAGGCGGGGUUGCCGAUGAAGGGCAAAGACGCAACUCUUUUUUGAGUUCAGAAGAUCCCCGAGCAUCGAUCUAUACCCAGCGCAACUCUCUGGUAGUUGAAGAUGUCGCCAUACCAAUGACCGACGUUCCUUCGCCUCAGCCCGAAGCUCGCGAAGAUUGGCCGAUGAUGAACGACCCAAAGAACAAGUUUCUGUCUCCGAACAGCGCAACUCGAGAGAGCUUCGUGGAGCCUGCGCCAGAAAAGAGACACGGAACCGUCCUGGAUGUGUCCAAGCAGACACCUGGCAAAGCUAGAUUCAAGCGAGACACGUGGAAAAGUCUACAAGUUGGCGACUUCGUUCGAUUGUACAACGAAGACCCUAUUCCAGCUGAUAUUGUGAUUCUCUCCACUUCUGAUCCGGAUGGUGCUUGUUAUGUUGAAACCAAAGGGCUGGAUGGUGAAACCAACUUGAAGGUUCGCCAAGCUCUUCACUGUGGUCGUCAAGUUCGACAUGCCAGAGAUUGCGAAAAGGCCGAGUUUGUUAUCGAAAGCGAGGCACCGCAUCCCAACCUGUACUCUUAUAAUGGUGCCGUCCGUUGGGACCAGCGCGAUUUGCGUUCUCCAGAAGCCCCACGGAAGGAGAUGGUUGAGCCCAUCUCUAUCAACAACAUCUUGCUCCGUGGUUGCAAUCUGAAGAGUACCGAAUGGGUUCUGGGUGUUGUCCUCUUCACCGGCGGAGAGAGCAAGAUCAUGCUGAACUCCGGUGCUACUCCGGCGAAGCGACCUCGUAUGGCCAAGGAUCUCAACUGGAACGUCAUUUACAAUUUCGUCAUCCUGUUCGCGAUGUGCCUGGUUGCAGGUAUUGUGAAUGGAAUCGCCUGGGCGUCGCCAAACAAGUCUCUGGAGUUCUUCGAUCUGGAGUCCUUCGGCGGCACGCCACCUGUGACUGGAAUUGUCACUUUCUGGACAGCCGUCAUCCUUUUCCAGAACUUGGUUCCAAUCUCGUUGUACAUCUCUCUCGAAAUCGUCCGGACCAUCCAAGCCGUUUUCAUCCACAGCGAUUUGUAUAUGUACUACGAGAGACUAGGGAUCUAUUGUGUCCCCAAGUCUUGGAAUAUCUCUGAUGACGUCGGUCAAGUCGAGUACAUCUUUUCUGACAAAACUGGUACUUUGACUCAGAACCUGAUGGAGUUUAAGAAAUGCACUGUUAACGGCGUGGCAUAUGGAGAGGCUUACACCGAAGCUCAGAUCGGAAUGAGACGCCGCGAGGGAGCUGACGCUGAUGCCGAGGCCGCAGUGGCUCGAGAGCAAAUUGCUGCCGAUGGGCAGCGAAUGCUAGGCCUACUCCGUGACAUCCACGACAAUCCCUACCUGCACGACGAUCAACUGACGUUCAUCGCCCCAGACUUUGCGGCCGACCUGGCAGGCCAGUCCGGAGAUCGGCAGAAACACUGUACCUCGGACUUUAUGCUGGCGCUUGCCUUGUGCCACACUGUCAUCACCGAACAUACUCCUGGCGAUCCCCCUCAGAUCGAGUUCAAAGCUCAGUCUCCCGAUGAGGCCGCGCUGGUCAGCACUGCUCGAGACUGUGGAUUCACUGUUCUGGGUCGGGCCGGCGAUGACCUUCUACUCAAUGUGAUGGGCGAGGAACGCACAUAUACUGUUCUUAACACUCUUGAAUUCAACUCGUCCAGAAAGCGUAUGAGCGCCAUCAUUCGAAUGCCUGAUGGCACCAUUCGCUUGUUUUGCAAGGGUGCUGACAGUAUCAUUUACUCCCGUUUGGCUCGUGGCAAACAGCAGGAGCUUCGUCGACAAACUGCGGAGCAUCUGGAAGAGUUUGCCAGGGAAGGACUUCGGACCCUAUGUGUCGCCGACCGACUGAUCAGCGAGGAGGAAUACCGUUCCUGGGUCAAGAAUCACGAUAUCGCGGCUGCUGCUAUCACAGAUCGCGAGGAGAAACUAGAGAAGGUCUCCAGCGAAAUUGAACAGGAACUCAUGCUCCUCGGUGGAACUGCCAUUGAGGACAGACUUCAAGAUGGCGUACCGGACACCAUUCAGCUCCUUGCGGACGCUGGUAUCAAACUCUGGGUCCUCACCGGUGACAAGGUUGAGACUGCCAUCAAUAUUGGAUUCUCGUGCAAUCUCCUUAAUAAUACCAUGGAUCUGAUUGUGCUCAACAUCCCUGAAACCGAACACAAGCGGGCCUCUGACGAACUCGACAAGCAUUUGCAAAUAUUCGGGUUGACCGGUUCUGAUGAGGAACUCAUCGCUGCCCGCGAGGAUCAUUCACCACCUGAGCCUACGCAUGCCGUGGUCGUUGAUGGCGAGACCCUCAAGCUGAUGCUGUCGGAUGAGUUAAAGCAAAAAUUCCUUCUCCUGUGCAAGCAAUGCAAGGCCGUUCUUUGCUGCCGUGUCAGUCCUGCGCAGAAAGCUGCCGUCGUGAGCAUGGUCAAGAACGGCUUAAACAUUAUGGCUCUUUCUGUUGGCGAUGGUGCGAAUGAUGUGGCCAUGAUCCAAGAAGCCGAUGUGGGUGUUGGAAUUGCUGGUGAGGAAGGUAGACAAGCUGUUAUGUCUUCCGACUAUGCCAUCGGUCAGUUCCGGUUCCUCCAGCGUCUUCUUUUGGUGCAUGGAAGAUGGUCUUACCGUCGCCUGGGCGAAUGUACGGCGAACUUCUUCUACAAGAAUCUGGUGUGGACUUUCGCCCUGUUCUGGUACUGUAUCUACAACAACUUCGAUUGUUCCUAUCUUUUCGAUUACACCUACAUUGUGUUAGUUAACCUUGCGUUCACUUCGUUGCCCGUGAUCUUCAUGGGUAUCUUCGAUCAGGACGUGGAGGAUCAGGUGUCUCUCGCUGUACCUCAAUUGUACAUGAGAGGUAUCGAGCGCAAGGAAUGGUCGGAACUCAAGUUCUGGUUGUACAUGGGCGAUGGCGUGUACCAGUCCAUUAUCUGUUUCUUCAUGCCUUACCUUCUUUACGAACCAGCGAACUUCGUCAAUGAAUCUGGUCGCAACAUCAAUGACCGAGCACGAAUGGGUGUUCUUGUCGCAUCAUGUGCUGUGAUUGCCAGCAACCUUUACAUCAUGAUGAACACCUACCGGUGGGAUUGGUUCACUUGCUUGAUCAAUGCGAUCAGUAGUCUUCUGAUCUUCCUCUGGACCGGCAUUUACACGUCCUUUGUUUCUUCCGGCCAAUUCUACCAUGCCGCUGCUGAAGUCUACGGAUCAUUGAGUUACUGGGUCGUUCUCUUGCUGACUGUCCUGAUUUGCUUGCUCCCGCGUUUCACGUACAACUCCAUCCAGAAGGUGUUCUUCCCGCUUGACGUUGAUAUCAUCCGAGAACAAGUAACUAUGGGCAAGUUCAAACAUCUGGAGUCGAUACCAGAGCCCCCACUGCCCCCCAAAGAAGGCCGCUCGAAGGGCACAGUUUCCAGUGACCAAUCGGCCAGCUCUUCCGACAUCGUGAAGCCGGUACAACCUACCGUUAAGCAGGACAACGGCCCCCUUGAUGAGGAAAGGCCAUUUUAUGCGCCGUCCAUGGCACCGACUGCGAACACUCAUAAUCCCCGCAGUCAGAACGGCAGCAACGGUACAAACUAUACCGCCAGCCUUGACCAGUAUCCGCGACCACAGUCCGUGGACUACGUACGACGCUCCCAGGAACGGACACGGCAUUCCUUCGAACGAGGUCGACCAAGCUUUGAGCAAAGCAACGACUUCACUUCCGCUGCAAUGCUCUCACGAUUCGAGUCGACACAAAACCGUCAACACGAAGACCCGUUCCGGACUCCCGACGAUCCUUCUGUACAUAAUAUGAUAUAG